UUUUUGUGGUAUUUUUACUCGAACUUUUUUAGUUGGGAAAGAGGUGACAACUAGAUCCCAGACAAAGACAGGUUUUCAUAAAAUUUCCUUCCCCUUUAGUUCAUAGUUUCUUCAUACGUCUCGUCUCGUCUCGUCUCCUGAGCUAUCACAACUCCCCCAAGCACCAGCUUCCUCUGCAGAACCAUAUCGCAGUUAAAUAGACAUGAACCCAUUAACACUAGUGAAACGGAUUCAACAAAUCAAUUCAAAAGAAGCUGCUUUAAACAUCACCGAAGAAGCUUCGUGGCACACUAAAUACAAAGAUUCUGCUUAUGUUUUUGUUGGUGGUAUUCCCUUUGAUCUCACUGAGGGUGAUUUACUAGCUGUUUUUGCUGAAUAUGGGGAGGUUGUUGAUGUUAAUUUAGUUAGAGACAAAGGUACUGGCAAAUCAAAGGGAUUUGCUUUUAUUGCAUAUGAAGAUCAAAGAAGUACUAAUCUUGCUGUUGAUAAUUUAAAUGGAGCUCAGGUUUUAGGUAGAAUUAUUAGGGUGGAUCAUGUUGAUAAGUAUAAGAAGAAGGAAGAGGAAGAUGAAGAGACCGAGCGGCAGAAAAGGGAGGCCCGUGGUGUUUGUCGAGCUUUCCAAAGAGGGGAAUGUACUCGUGGAGCUGGAUGCAAAUUUUCUCAUGAUGAGCAAAGAGCUGCAAAUACUGGUUGGGGUGAGAAUGGCAAUGCAAAAUGGGAUAAUGACAAAUAUGAUGGUCCCAAGAAAGAAAGAAGAUAUGACAACAACCAAUCAAAUCGCAUUCCAGAAACUAGAGACGUAGAUUCACGCUCCAUAGCCCAUGGCAAUGGGAGGGAAUUAGACAACCAAUCCAAGCGAAGUGAUAGAAGAGAGGAAAAUACCAGUAGAAGAGAAGCAAAGGGACCAAGAAGGCACGAUGACGAUGAAUUUGAACAUCGGUUAAGAGAAGAUCGACAUAGGAGAGAAGAAAAAAAAUCAAGGGGUGGUUACGAUGGUAGGGAACCUGAGCCAAGAGAUAACAGAAGGGAAGACAGGAGGUCAACAAAGCGAGAUGAUAUUGUGCUUGAGUCCAAGUCAAGAGAUUCUGAUGUAAGAGAUGACAAAAGACCAAGUAGGCAGGAUGUUGAUGAUUUACGAAGCAAGUCGAGUGAACAUGGUAACAGGGAAGAGAGGAGAUCAAGAAGGCACACUGAUGAUGAAUCUGUGCCAAGGUCAAGAGAAGAUCAUGAUAGGAAGCAAGAUAACAGAUCGUAUAGAAAUGAUACUGAUCGAUCAGAAUCUAAAGGAAGAUACGAAUCUGAACGAAGAGAAGAAAAACGGUCCAGAAGGUAAUGACAAUUGCAGCAAGUCCUGCGACAUUUGAUAACAUGAAUUUUGGCUCGUUCCUUAUGAUAUUUAUAUUAUAGUCAUUUUGUUUUUCAUAUGAUUUACUUGUUAAAAUGCCAUAAGAGCGAGCAAUGAUGAUUUUCCUUUUGGAGUGGCGAAUUUGUUAAAUAUUGUUUGGCUCCAUGGUGUCUAACUACCAAUGCUAAUGUAUAACUAAACUUUUAUACACAAAACUCAAGACCUAUUAACAUUGGUAAUAAUGUUAUUAGUCUUUACUCUCCUAAA